CCCGGAAGGACGGCCCGGGCCCAUCUCAGGAUGUGACUGCAGGGGACCCUUUCUGCGCCUCCCGCAGGCCCCAUGGCACCCUGCCCGGUCCUGCAGAAGGAGACGGUGUUCCGGUCGGGAACCCGCGCCUACAGAAUCCCUGCCCUGCUCCACCUGCCGCAGCAGGAGACGCUGCUGGCCUUCGCGGAGGAGCGGGUCAGCAAGAGGGACGAGCACGCGGAGCUGAUCGUCCUGCGCAGGGGCCGCUACGACGCGCCCACCCACCAGGUCCAGUGGCACGCUCAGGAGGUGGUGGCCGAAGCCCAGCUGGAGGGCCACCGGUCCAUGAACCCCAGCCCCUUGUAUGACGAGAAGACGGGGAUCCUCUUCCUCUUCUUCAUCGCCGUCCCCGGGCAAGUGUCCGAGCACCACCAGCUCCACACCAAGGUCAACCUGACACGGCUGUGCCACGUCACCAGCACGGACCAUGGCAGGUCCUGGAGCCCCGCCAGAGACCUCACGGGCUCGGCCAUCGGCCCCGCCCACAAGGAGUGGGCCACAUUCGCCGUGGGCCCGGGGCACUGCCUGCAGCUGCGCGACGGGGCGCAGAGCCUGCUGGUGCCCGCCUACGCCUACCGGAACCUGCACGCCCACCGGCGGCCCAGCCCCUCCGCCUUCUGCUUCAUCAGCCACGACCACGGGCUCACGUGGGAAAGAGGCAACUUUGUGGCCCCGGACACCCUGGAGUGCCAGGUGGCCGAGGUCGGGGACGCCAAACGGAGGGUGGUGUACCUGAACGCUAGAAGCCCCCUGCACGCCAGGGUCCAGGCCGAGAGCACCAACGACGGGCUCGAUUUCAGGGGCAUCCAACCGGUGCAGCGGCUCGUGGAGCCUCCCCACGGCUGCCAUGGCAGCGUCGUCAGCUUCCCCAGCCCCAGAGCGGGGUCAGACGGCUCGGACACGUGGCUGCUCUACACCCACCCGACCCACCCCCAGCAGAGAUCCAACCUGGGCGCCUACCUCAACACGCGGCCGCCGGCCCCCGCCGCCUGGUCCCAGCCCGCCCUGCUGGCCGAGGGCAGCUGCGCCUACUCGGACCUCCAGAGCCUGGGCGUGGGCCCCGAUGGCUCGCCCCAGUUUGGGUGUCUGUACGAAUCUGACAACUAUGAGGAGAUCGUCUUCGUCAUGUUCACCCUGAGACAGGCCUUCCCUGCUGAAUUUCCACCUCGGUGAGCCUGCCCCGUGCGGCCACCCGCCCCCCGUUCUGGUCCCCCUGACCGAGAGACUGACGGGUCCGCCUCUGACUUCGCAGGCGCUCUUGGUUCCCAUCCCCGAACGCGUGCGCUCUGCUUUUCAGCCCCGUCCUCCUCGGCUGUUUCACCUUCUCAGAAGGUUCUGUUUGCAGCCCAGAAACCGAAGGAGCCUGGCUGGCCAGAGCCCCUCGAUGGGGCAGGCGAGGAGAGCUCAGCGUGCGCUCGGCCCCGGCCCCCCUGCAU